AACAUCACAAAGCGGCUGACAAAAAGAAGGAGAAAGCGUAGGAAGGCGAUUUACUUUAGUCUAGCUCUAACAUAAACGAAAAGAUAUUAGUUAUAACGGCUAUACCAAGGGCAGAUCGUAGGGUAUGAUUACUACGUCUGGGAGAAAGCCACAUUUACAGGUUGCCAGCACCGGUUCCCUGUUAACAAGCGGCGGUAUUAUGGAUGGAAAAACCGCGAGUACGGAUUUGUUACCUCCACUCAAGCCGUCAACAAAAGCAAAUUUAAAACACCAAAGUCACGAUGGUACGAAUGGAGGGGGAACUUUACCGCAUUUGGGAAGUAUUCAAGUGCAACAGUUAUUCGAAGAGGAGACGAAUAACAAGCUUCAGGGAAAAUCGAUGCCUGUAGUCCAUGACCAUGGUCUACCAUCGGUUUCUAGGACGGGACGCUCACCCUCAGUAAUAGAGCGAAGACAAAGCAGUAACAGCACAGGCUCGCAAAAGAGUCGGUCUUUCACAGCAGAGGUGGCUAUGAAGCAAUAUAUGCACAAGCUAUCUGGCUACGAGACCCACGAGAUCUUCAAUUAUUCGCAAAUUUAUUUUGUCGGCGAGGCUGCAAAGAAACGGCAAGGUGUGGUUGGUGGCGCAAAUAAUUGUGGAUAUGACGACGAGCAAGGUUCAUAUAUCCAUGUUCCUAAAGACCACAUCGCCUACAGGUACGAAGUUCUCAAGAUUAUCGGUAAAGGAAGCUUUGGACAAGUUGUGAAGGCACUCGAUCACAAGACUAACACGCACGUAGCUUUGAAAAUGGUACGAAACGAGAAACGCUUUCAUCGGCAAGCACAAGAAGAAAUUCGGAUCUUAGAACAUCUGAAGAAACAAGAUAAGGACAACACGCAUAAUAUAAUUCACAUGUUGGAACAUUUCACAUUUAGGAACCAUGUCUGUAUGACUUUCGAACUUCUAAGUAUGAAUCUCUACGAGCUAAUUAAGAAGAACAAAUUCCAAGGUUUUAGUUUACCAUUGGUACGCAAGUUUGCUCACUCGAUUCUUCAAUGUUUAGACGCUUUGCACAAAAACCGCAUAAUUCAUUGUGACUUGAAACCGGAAAAUAUUCUACUUAAACAGCAAGGAAGAAGUGGAAUAAAGGUUAUUGACUUCGGAUCGAGUUGUUACGAACACCAGAGAAUUUACACAUACAUCCAGAGUAGGUUUUACCGAGCACCGGAGGUCAUCUUAGGGGCACGCUACGGUAUGCCUAUCGAUAUGUGGAGCUUUGGUUGUAUUCUUGCUGAACUUUUAACUGGCUACCCGUUGUUCCCGGGAGAAGAUGAAGGCGACCAACUUGCUUGUAAUAUGGAACUGCUUGGUUAUAUCCCAGAAAAGUUAAGAGAGACCUCCAAACGAGCGAAGAACUUCAUAAACUCUAAAGGUUAUCCCCGAUACUGUACUAUCACAACACUACCUGACGGAAGCGUUGCUGUUAGCGGAGGUCGUUCGCGGCGCGGUAAAACCAGAGGUGCACCAAACUCCAAGACCUUUGUACAGGCUCUCAAAGGAUGCGACGAUGCUAUGUUUAUCGAUUUCUUGAAGAGAUGUCUAGAAUGGGACCCAAGUGCUCGUAUGACGCCGUCCCAAGCUUUGCGACAUCCGUGGUUAAGACGAAGAGCCUUGCCACGGGCCCCCGAAAGUAACAAUAACUUGGCUUCCGCUACUUCGACCGAGAAACGUCGAUCCGCGGUAGGAAAGUUUCCACCUACGGGACCAUCUUCUGGAAAAAACAAGCCACGGAGACCCAUAGAGAUCGGGGAAGAUGUGAACGACUCUGCUUCGCUAAACACAAGAACUGUACUUCCGAAAAUCGCAGGGAGGUAGUGCAUAUAGAGAAUUCGCAAUUAGAAAUAUGCAUCUUGAAUUUGAAUGAUAGUUUGAAACUCACAUACUGGAUAUGAUUUUAUAAGAAUUUAGUUAUUGGUUUUUAAUAUUUUGUUAUCAUUGAGUUUCAAGGUUAAGUUGUAUAGUAAGAGCAGAGUGUUUUAUACCUUGGUCGCGGCGUUUUAUUUUAUGAAUAUUGAAAGUAUUAUUUUGACAAGAAACCAAUUUAACGUUUAGUACAUGACUAAGUGAAAAUAGGUUUUCAAUUGUCAAAGCCAAAAAUGGGAAUUUCAUGCCAUUGUAGAUACGUGAGACUGUUUUAUACUCUUCGCUGGUCUUAUCCAGAACAUACAGAUUCAUCUUAUUUUUAUGGACAAAGAAAUAGGAAACAUUCGCAAACACUUGGUAGCCGUUCGUACGUUGUCGACCAUGUUAUGUCCAUAUUGUAAAUACCAACAAUGUCCCAAAAUAUACGAGUGAAAAACGUUGUACAGAUAUCGAAUUAUCUAAAAAAAAUAAUAAAUGAAGAAUAUUACAUAAAA